UGAAAAGCUGUUUGCGAACCGCAAAAGAACACGAAGAAGAAGUCAGGAAGUUCCCUCGUGUAGUGUGGACAGAAGAGUGAGACAGGAGCACACUUUACCAGUAAAGAGAUAAAAACACAUUUUGUCGCAGGAGUCAGCUCACUGAAUAAGCUGCCAUGGCCUCCUACACCUGCAUCAGCUGCAGAGUGGCUUUCACAGACGGCGAGGUGCAGAGAGCGCACUACAAGACCGACUGGCACCGCUACAACCUGAAGCGCAAGGUGGCUGAAAUGCCACCAGUCACUGCUGAAAACUUCCAGGAGCGCGUCCUGGCACAGCGGGCGGCCGCCGACCAGCAGCUGAGCGAGGCGGCGGCCACCGAAAGCUGCGCCGUUUGCAACAAGAAGUUCUCCAGCGCCAACGCCUACCAGAACCACCUGCAGUCCCACAAACACCAACAGGCUGAGAAGCAGGCCCUGGCUGCCGCCCAGAGGAAAGUGGAGAAGAUGAACGAGAAGAACCUGGAGAAAGGACUGGGUGAUGAGAAGGUGGAUCACGACGCUAGGAACGAGGCCCUGCAGCAGGCCCUGAAAGAGCAGCAGAGGUCGAGCCCAGCCAACCAAGGGAUGGCCCAGACUUCAGAAGGAGCGAAAAGGCAGAGGACGGAGAAGCUGGAGAAACCUCCCAGGAUGAUGUGGCUGGAGGAGCAAGCAAAGAGGAGAGAGACAGAAGAGGGAGCCACAGCUGCGGAAGAAGAGUGGGAGGACAUUAGCGAGGAUGAUGAUGAGAUGGAGGAGGAUGAAGAUGAAGAGGAGACGAUGGAUCAAGAGGGUGGUGACUCUGCGGCUCCGUCGGACCCCCAGCUGGCUGCUCUGCCUGGCUCCAUCCCCGUCACAGACUGCCUCUUCUGCUCCCACCACUCCAAGUCACUCAUGAAGAGCGUCGCCCACAUGACCAAAGUCCACGGCUUCUUCAUCCCCGAUGUGGAGUUCCUUGUUGAUCUCAAGGGCCUCAUUCGCUACCUCGGAGAGAAAGUCGGUGCAGGGAACGUGUGUUUAUGGUGUAACGAGAAGGGCCGUUCGUUCUACUCUGCAGAAGCAGUACAGAGUCACAUGAUAGACAAAAGCCAUUGUAAACUCUUCACGGACGGCGACGCUGCCCUGGAGUUUGCAGACUUCUACGACUUCAGGAGCAGCUACCCUGACAGGAAGGAGGGAGAGGAUGCUGAAAUGGACGAAGAAGAGCUUCCCCAUGACAAGACCCUGGAGUAUGACGACGAAACGCUGGAGCUGACUCUCCCUUCAGGCGCUAAGAUCGGUCACCGCUCCCUCAUGAGGUACUACAAACAGAGGUUUGGAGCUGAGAGAGCGGUGGCACUGACCCACAAUAAGAACGCUGUUGGCAGAGUCCUCCGGCAGUACAAAGCUCUGGGCUGGGGAGGAGAUGGAGGGAACAGCUUCUUUCAGAAACCGAGAGACAUGCAGUACGUACAGAUGAUGAAGUCAAAGUGGAUGCUAAAGAUGGGCAUGAGCCACAACGCCACCAAGCAGAAGCACUUCAGAGCCCAAGUCAUGUUCUAAACUCAAGCUGGAGGAACCGAACGAGGAACGAAAUGUGACAUGGACUUGACAAGAGCUUUGCUGUUUCCCAGCCAACAAGACUUUGUAUGCAGAAUCAAGAACAGCUGCAGAAACGGUGGAAAAUCACGUCAUGUCGGUGACGCUGUAUUGUGCUUUAAGUAAAUGCAGUCAUGUUGAUUUGAGGUUUAAUAACUAUAGUAAAGACCUUGCUGGGGAGGAAUAUUUACCAGCUGCUUGUAAAUCUUUCAUGAGCUGUUACAUUAAAUGUAGUCAUAGUAGGAAACCAAGUUUCAUCUCUGGACGGCUGCAUCACUGUGUGGAAAGUGUUGGUUGGUCCGCUGUAAAUCUGUUUGAAAUUGACUUGCGAUAAGAAUCUAGGUGGAAGCGCUGUCGUCUCAUGAACAACCACACAGGUGGAGAUCACCAGCAUGAUCACAUUUCAAAAAUUAUUUUGAAACUCUAUGGAUCAUGUAAAAGCUACAGUAGAUCAAUACUAAUCAGGUGGUUUUACAGUUUUUGGAAUCUAAUCAGUAAAAUAAUUAUUAUUUUUUUUUAAGUGAUGACAGGAUUCGUAAUACAUCACCCAAAUAAAUGUUUCAUUUUUAUGGAAUACA